GUCGUUGAUGAUGGGACCCGCCUUCCUCUGGCAAGAUGGCGGCGCUGGUGGUACAGCUGAAAUGUGGACUCCACUUGCAAAGACAAACAUUUACUACUUUACUCCAACAUACAAGUUCGUAUCAUAUUUGGAGAGGAGGUAACACACCGAAUGGGAAGCAACAGACGACUUAUUUGCUGAGCCCCAACGUGAGGACAGCCUCGUGGACAGUCAACAGAAGUGACAACAGACGUAUACUGGAGGCUGCAAAGCAUUUGCAGGUGACCGAGAGGACAUGUUGGCACGGAAAUGCAGGCGGAAGGCUAAACGCAGACCCCAAAAAUGUGUUGAAGGAGGUGAAUUCCCGGACCAUCCUGUCUAACAUGCUGUCCUACGUGUGGCCCAAGGACCGGCCUGAUCUACGGGCUAGAGUAGCCAUCGCCCUGGGGCUGCUGGCUGGAGCUAAGAUGACCAACGUGAUGGUACCCUUCAUGUUUAAGUAUGCUGUGGACGAGCUGAAUGGACUGUCAGGCCAUAUGUUGAACCUGAGCGACGCCCCCAGCACCGUGGCUACCAUGGCAACUGCUGUUCUGAUUGGCUACGGUGUGUCCCGUGCCGGUUCGGCCCUCUUCAACGAGCUGCGUAAUGCCGUGUUUGGGAAGGUGGCCCAGAGUUCCAUCCGGCGUAUCGCCAAGAACGUGUUCCUGCACCUCCACAGCCUGGACCUGGGCUUCCACCUGUCCCGCCAGACGGGGGCGAUGUCAAAGGCCAUUGAUAGGGGCACCAGGGGCAUCUCCUUCGUCCUCUCUGCCAUUGUCUUCAACCUGGGACCCACUGCUUUUGAGAUGGGGCUGGUCUCUGCUAUCCUGUAUUAUAAAUGCGGGGUGGAAUUUGCUGCGGUGACCCUGGGUACUCUGGGAGCGUAUACAGCCUUCACCAUUGCUGUCACACAGUGGAGCCUUAUUCCAAAUUCGAUGAGGAUUUCAAGACUGUUGGAAAAGCCUUCCAGGACUCGGUUCAGGAUAGAGAUGAACAAGGCAGACAACGAGGCAGGAAACGCUGCUAUUGACUCUUUACUCAACUACGAGACCGUUAAGUAUUUCAACAAUGAGAAGUAUGAAGCAGAGAAGUAUGAUGGUUAUCUGAAGAGCUACGAGUCCUCCUCCCUGAAGACCACCUAUACCCUGGCCAUGCUCAACUUUGGACAGAGUGUCAUCUUUAGUGUGGGCCUCACUGGUAUCAUGGUGCUAGCUAGCAAGGGGAUCAUGGCAGGUUCUAUGACAGUAGGAGACCUGGUGAUGGUGAAUGGUCUGCUGUUCCAGCUCUCUCUGCCUCUUAACUUCCUGGGCACCGUGUACAGAGAGACACGCCAGGCCCUGAUCGACAUGAAUACACUCUUCACACUGCUCAGUGUUGACACCAAGAUCAAGGAAAGAGAGCUGGCCCCUCCUCUCUCCGUCACUCCUCAAGAAGCCACCAUCAGGUUUGAGGAUGUCUACUUUGAGUACCUGGAAGGACAGAAGGUUCUAGAGGGCGUCUCCUUCCAGGUGCCGGCUGGGAAGAAGGUGGCCAUCGUAGGAGGGAGCGGAUCAGGGAAGAGCACCAUAAUGCGUAUGUUGUUCCGGUUCUACGAGCCCCAGAAGGGGAACAUCUACAUCGCUGGACAGAACAUCAGGGACGUUGGACUGGACAGCCUGCGACGGGCCGUAGGGGUGGUACCACAGGAUGCAGUGCUCUUCCACAACACCAUCUUCUACAACCUUCAGUACGGGAACAUCAACGCCACGCCAGAGGAGGUGUACCAGGUGGCACGGCUGGCAGGGAUCCAUGAUGCCAUCCUUAGGAUGCCCCACGGAUACGACACUCAGGUCGGCGAGAGGGGACUCAAACUGUCAGGUGGGGAGAAGCAGCGUGUGGCUAUAGCCAGGGCCAUACUGAAGAACCCUCCUAUCCUGCUGUAUGACGAAGCUACCUCCUCACUGGACUCUAUCACUGAGGAGAACAUUCUUAGUUCCAUGAAGGGUCUGGUCCAGGACCGGACGUCCGUGUUCAUCGCUCACAGACUGUCCACCAUCGUAGACGCAGACGAGAUCAUCGUACUCAACAAGGGUAAGAUAGCAGAGCGAGGGGACCACCACUCUCUCCUGGCUACUCCAGGCUCUCUGUAUGCUGACCUGUGGAACACUCAGAACAGUAAGAUACUGAACAUUAAGAACAGCCCGGUGGUACUGCAGCCGGAGAGACUCAGCCAGAAGGAGGAGGAGAGGAAGAAACUACAGGAGGAGAUCAUGAACAGUGUCAAGGGCUGUGGGAACUGCUCCUGUUGAGGAGAGACAAGGACAUCCCUCAAUUACCGUCCUCCCUUUCUCCUUCCUUCACUCACUGACAGCCUGCCCUCAGUACUUUAGUCUCUCUCAGGGGAGGGGGCAUCUACACCUCUCCAUCUCACUCCUGCCACAACAAACCCUGGGCUGACUGCCCCUCCCCUUGCUCCUCUUGAGAAGGCGAUUGGUGGCCGAAGAGGAGACUGAGAAGGAAGCUUAUCUGCCAUUGGCUGAUGUCUACAGAGAGGCAGUGUUCAUCUACCAAUCAUCUCAGGACAAACCACGCAUAAGAGAUCUUGUAUAUGAUGACAUCAUGGUGUAUAUGAUUGAGUAAGAACAGGACUGAUGGACUGAGUAAGAACAGGACUGAAUAAGAACAGGGCUGAUGGACUGAGUAAGAACAGGACUGAUGGACUGAGUAAGAACAGGACUGAUGGACUGAGUAAGAACAGGACUGAUGGACUGAGUAAGAACAGGACUGAUGGACUGAGUAAGAACAGGACUGAUGGACUGAGUAAGAACAGGACUGAUGGACUGAGUAAGAACAGGACUGAUGGACUGAGUAAGAACAGGACUGAUGGACUGAGUAAGAACAGGACUGAGUAAGAACAGGACUGAUGGACUGAGUAAGAACAGGACUGAUGGACUGAGUAAGAACAGGACUGAUGGACUGAGUAAGAACAGGACUGAUGGACUGAGUAAGAACAGGACUGAUGGACUGAGUAAGAACAGGACUGAUGGACUGAGUAAGAACAGGACUGAGUAAGAACAUUAAAGUGUAUUUGUCCGAUCGGUGCCCAUGUUGCAUGAUGUCAUCGUGUACAGUUUGUUAGAACAGAACACUGGUUGGACUUGUUGUACAAAUUCACCUUCAUGUCCAACAGAAAGAAAGACAUUACAAUGUGUAUAAUUAUGUAAAGGCAUUGGAGAAAGAACAUGGUGUUUUUGUGUGAUAACCUGAAUAAAGAGCAGUGAGACUCA